CAAAUUUAAUGAGUGAAGACGACUGUCCGCUUUUCAUUGAUACCCUGUAAUCACUAAUUAGAGCUUUUACUUUUAUAAAAUUGUCUAUUUAUCCAAAAUUCUGUACAUUUUUAUUCAACGGUAAAGAAUGAACGCUCUAUCUGAUUUAAUUGUACAGAAAAGUGUACAGUCAUUGUACAGAAAAGUGUACAGGGGUUGUACAGAAAAGUGUACAGGGGUUGUACAGAAAAGUGUACAGGGGUUGUACAGAAAAUUGUACAGGGAUUGUACAGAAAAGUGUACAGAGGUUGUACAGAAAAGUUUACAGGGGUUGUACAGAAAAGUGUACAGGGGUUGUACGGAAAAGUGUACAGGCGUUGUACAGAAAAGUGUACAGGGGUUGUACAGAAAAAUGUACAGGCGUUUUACAGAAAAGUGUACAGGGGUUGUAGAGGAAAUUGUACAGGCGUUGUACACUAAAAACAAUGUUUUAUUUCUUUUUUAUCACGUGAUAAUGGAAAAUAAGGUAGCUCCAGCCGGAGAAGAAGGAAUGGGGAAACCCAACCCCCGGAACCAGUUCCUAGCAGCUGCAGUAGUCAGUGGGGUCGCUACUGUCAGCAUUGGAACUGUGUUGGGAUUUUCUGCUAUUUUGCUUCCACAACUAGAGAAGGAAGUUGAACUCAGUGAAGACGACAUAUCAUGGAUUGCAAGUCUUAGUAAUAUUGGUCAGCUCGGGAGUUCAAUUGCUACCGGUAUCCUUUCUGGCAAGUUUGGUAGAAGAUACACAUUAAUGAUGCUUUGUGUACCUUUACUGGCUGGCUGGGUCUUUAUAGGACUAUCUCAGGGAUCUGUUCUGUAUAUCUGUAUUGGUCGUGUUCUACAGGGGGUUGGAGUGAUGUCAUCUGUAACUCAGGUAUAUCUAGUUGAGAUUGCUGAUACUCAACAUAGAGGUAUGUUUGGAGCAAGUGGAUCUGUAGCAGUUAGUCUUGGGAUCACCAUUGUUUACUGUCUAGGGGCCAUACUAGACUGGAGGUUUGUAUGUUUGGUUUGUGGUUUGCUACCAAUAGCUGUUCUGGUUCUCAUGGUUCCACUUCCAGAGACGCCAUCUUGGUUGAUCCUCAAGGGCAGAAGAGAAGAAGCAGAGAAGAGUUUAGCCUGGCUCAGAGGAGGUGUUGGUAGUAAUGUAUCUGCUGAAAUAGAAGGAUUGGUGUCUGCUCAGGGCUCAACAAGUAAAGGAACUGGAUUUUUUGAAACUUUAAAAGCAUUUAGAUAUCCUGGAGCAUAUAAACCCUUUUUCAUUCUUCUAACAGUAUUCACCCUGCAGCAGUUAACAGGAAGUUAUGCAGUUAUAUUCUAUGCUGUAAGUUUAUUCAAGGAUAUUGGAGUAUCCAGUAACCCUUAUUUACCCGCUAUCCUUACAGGGGUUAUCAGGCUAGUUGGAACUGUAAUAGGAACCUACCUACUGAAAUUCUAUGGCAGGAAACCCUUGAUGAUAUUUUCCAGUCUAUUAAUGGCAUUCUUCAUGGGAACCCUGGCAGCAACUGUUCAUUUAAAGAAAGGAUUUUACGCUGAGUACUGUACUGCAGAUGUCAACACAACAACAAACAGCUCAUGUUCAUUUUCUCAAGAGGUAGAGGAGGAUCGUACACUUUACACUUUGAGGGCUGUGUACGAUAUUUACCCUGCUAUAGCUGUUGUACUGUACAUGUUAACAUUUGGUACAGGAGUUGGUACAAUUCCCUGGUUACUGCUAGGGGAGCUUUGUCCCAGCAAGGUGAAGGGCAUAGCUUCAGGAAUCACAGUAUUUGUUGCGUUUAUAACAAUAUUUUUUGUUGUAAAAUCCUUUCCUUUCUGUAUUUUAUACCUGACACCUGCCGGUACAUACUCUACAUACGGAGUGGUCGACUCUGCACUGGGUAGCCUGACUGGACGGUACGACUGCAACUUAGAGACUGGGGUGAGCUGGAAAUGAAAGAUAGCUAAGAUUUGGCUGAAAAUAUAAAGUGUUUUAAGUUUUAGUUUAAUCUAAACAAUUCCAAAACAAUGUGAU